GUCCAAAGUCCAGUCUUGGUGGUGGAGUUAACGCUAAACAGACUAGAAGGUACCCAACUGAGGGCCCUAGGUCUGCUAUCUGUCUUCGGGUUCAACGUCACGUACGCAGUACGGGGUCCUAAAGACGCGCCAGGUCCGACCUCAUGCAGCGCUAUAGAAUGUCGCCUAUUGGGACAUUGUUAUGCCCGACACGAUUAUCAAGAGUUUUACUGCUCGUGUUUCGAUGAGUACUCCGGCAUGGACUGCGGCGUCGGCCCUCUUUGUCCUCGCACCUCCAACAUGUGCAAAAAUGGUGGCACGUGCAGGCAAAUGGGCCCCGCAGCGGUGAGUUGCAUCUGCGCGCCUGGCUACACUGGCGACCUCUGCGAAUCACAAAUAGCAGCUCCAGAAUGUGGUAUUGAAGAGUGUUCUGAUACUUGCAACGAGGGAGCGACUUGUGAUUGUAAUCCAAGGAACACUGACGCUACGUCAGCGCGAUUCGAAACAAGGCUUCAAGUAGUGGAUCAACCAAGCAUCAAUAUAUCUCAAGAAGUUGUUAAACAGAUUACUAGUUACUUGAAAGCAUCAAACAUAACGUUGGAAGACGAUAUCGAAUUUUUAAAUAUAAGUGCCGUCGACGCAAAUAAUGCAAGAACAGUGUGGCUCCGAGUGUGGGCAGCUAGAAGAGAUGCCGGAGCCUUACGUGCAGUGCUGGCCAGGCUAGCCGCGACCCGCUCCCGCACCGACAGACUCCGACUGCUGCCAGCCACGCUGCACUUCGAGAUGCAACCGGCUUUGAGUCUUCAUGUGAGUAUAUAACUUUUUUUUAACCUUACUUAUACCUUGUUAGCAUGGCAGGAUCGACUAAUACAAACACACCAGACUUUUGGGCGAGUGCUUUAGGCACUCGAAAUCCUUAAAAAUUAAGUGACCAUGCUGAGAGCGACCCACUAACGGAUGAGACAUCAACGAUUAUGAGUAAACUGUCUUAUUUCGAAUGUACGCAGCCAAACCAACGUCUUCUGUUGUGUCCGUUCAUGUAAUAUAGCAGUUAGUGUUCUUACAGAGAAUUGUGAGAUCUAUGUUGGUGAAUGUACUGGUUCGUUAUAAGGUCUAG